CUAGCAACUGGUGGAAGUGUAGCGUCAGCUGGCUAGCUAGGCGGUCUGCUAACACAUGGAUUAUGCUUGAUUAUGCUCGAUUAUGCUCCAUAAAACAGCGUAUAAAUGCCGCCGAAAAGAAAGGGCCCUUUGCAGCUUGUCCAGAGGGAAGUGGACGAAAUCAAAAAACAGGUUGACAGUCUGGUUAAGGAUGUGCAGAGUCAGGAUGGAUCCUCUGAAGAGGCAUUUCGGAGAUGUCAAGAACUGCAGAUGGCGACAGAGAAGACACUAAAGGCACUGAAUAAACUGACAAAGGCCGAUGAGCUGGCUCCAGUGGGGAACUAUGAUCAGAGGAAGCAGGAAGAGGAGAGGCGACUGCAGUACAUCUUGGAGCGUAUAAACACACUGUCUCUGGAGCUUUCACCACCAGGACCCAGUACUGCUGCAGGCGGUGUUUUAAAGAAAGAUAGUGAGGAUGAGGAUGAUGACAGCGAAGACAGUAAUGACGAAGAUGUUGACAAUGAUGAGGAUGAGACGGCAGCUGCAAAACCGCGUUCUCUGUCAGGUUCCCGCUUCUACACAGUGCUCAGUGACUUCAGAGGAGAACAGGAGGGAGAUCUGUCUGUCCAGAGGGGAGAGGUAUUGAGGAUUAUCAGGACAACAGCAGAUGGAUGGUGGCUGGCUCAGGACAGUAAAGGCAACAGUGGAGUGGUUCCAAAAACCUACCUGAAGAUUGGAUCUGUUGUUGCUGAUGAUGAUGAUGAUGAUGAUGAUGAUGAUGAUGACGAUGACGAUGACGUUGAAAAUGAAGAGGAGUAUUCGGAGGAGGAGGAAGAGCAAGAUGGUGAAAAACUGACGGAUGACAGACAGAAACAGAGCGGUACUUCACAUUCCAACUGGGGAACAGUCAGAAAGGCUUUGACUGAGAUUGAUGCAACAGAUGUGCUCUCUGCCAUGGGGGCUAUACCUUCAGGAUUCAGACCAUCAACUCUCAAUAAAUUGCUGGUGGAGGAAGGUGUAACAUACAGAGGAAGUCACUAUAUUCAGCCUGAGCUCAGCCAAUCACAGCUCUCGUUUAGUGACCUCUUUCUGGACCCAGACAGUGGCAGGGUUCGUGCUCGGCAGGUCAGGACUUGUGUUUGUUUCACUUUGUGGAGCUGCAGAAUGAUUCCUACACCUGGGGUUGGAGUUCAGGUCCUCAGCAAACACAUCCGCCUCUGUGCAUUUGAUGGAACUCAGGUGUUGAGUAACAUCCACACAGUGAGGGCAACCUAUAACUCCAAGAGCCCCAAGACCUGGAGCUUCUCUCCAAGGAUGACAGGUAUCCUACCCGCCCUACUAGAUGGAGACUGUUUCUUACGCUGCAACUCUGCAUCUCCUGACCUCGGUAUCCUAUUUGAACUGGGAGUCACCUUUAUACGGAAUUCUACAGGUGAGAGAGGGGACCUGAGCUGUGGCUGGGCUUUCCUUAAACUGACCGAUGACGCUGGAAAUCCACUGCCCAACAGGACCUAUGAGCUGCCAGUGAACGGUGGCACUCCCUAUGAGAAGGAUGUGGCAGUGGAGGCAUCAGUCACUAGAGGAUCUCCAGCUGGUGUUCUCCAGCAGAUGCUUCAGGCCAGACGGCAGCCCAAACUGAUUGUGAAGUUGAAAUCAGCCAACAGCCGGACCAGAACGCAGCUCAGUCUUCUUCCAGACACUCUGCUUCACUGUUUGAGCUGUGUCCACCUGCUGGCUCUACACAGGCAGCUGCUAGCUGACACACUACUGAUGGACAGGCCCACCAUGCAGAAUGCAGAUCUGAUAUGCAGUCCUAUACUUUCUACCUUCCCUGUGCUGCUGGACCAGCCAGACCUGCUGGAUGCUCUCAGGAGCGCCUGGCUGGAUGCUGAGACCAACAUGAGCAGAGUGCAGAAGAGAGACUUCUCCUAUUUAAAACAAGAGUUCAUCAAAGUCUACAUGUCGUCCGUCUAUUUCCUCCUCCACUCGCCCUCGCUGCCCUCUCAUCGCUGGGCGGACCCUCCCUCAGAGGAGCAGCGGGCCAGAGUCAUCUACGCCACCUUGGAUGCUCUCAAACACACCCAAUUCACAACCAGCCAAUCGGGAGGCCCGGAGGUCUUUGUUGACCCAAUGCAUCAGCAUCUUGCCUUUGAUGUCACAGAGUUGACCUUUGACCUCCUUUGUGUGGCGCGGUAAUGUCACACCACUCAGGGGGAAGAUACAAUUUGAAGUUGAUUAUCUUUUUUAAUGAAGACAAUUUAAAUGAAGUGCAAAUAAAACCCUUAAAUGUGCCAUAAAUACAUUUUGGAAGAUUUUUUAAAUUUCUAAACUUCAAGAAAAAGGCUGGUGAUAUUCUAUAUUUUGUUACUGUCAAUAAAUCCUCUGAAAGACAAAACCGAAAAAUGUAUUACUCCAUUUCUCAAUACUUUCCAUCUUCCCCAGCCUGUAUGUGGCUCUCAGUCACCCAUUGUUGCUUACUGCAGAAGUAAAUCUUUAAAAAGGUAAUGAAGAAAUACGCCUAUAUUGUUAUCAUUGACAGUAACAUACAUCAAAAUAUACAACAUAUACUCUUGUGACAGGAAAUAAAGUGGUCUUAGUUUUGAGAAAUGCUAGCACGGUGCUAACACGCACAUAUCAUACAGCAUAUACACAAAGACGUCUUUGUGUCCUUUGUGAUGACAUGAGAUACUGAUCAUGGCUAAUUAAUUUCAAACAGUGUGAAAUAAAAGGUUGAGCAAAUGUGGACAAGGCUAACCUCAUCAUCAGAGGUCACAUCAUUGAGUUCAGUUCAGGAAUGAGUUCACUCUGCUCCUCUUAAAGUAAACACUAAAACAGGUUACAGUAAUAAUGGAGGAACACUUUGUACUGAUAGCAAAACCAACUGUAAUCGAACCAACAGUGACGUUAUCAGCAUGUUUUGAUUCUGCUAUUUAUCCACAAAUUGUGUUCUUUUUUAAUAAACAUUUUAUUAAAAUAA